AUGGACGUGAAAUGCGUCAUGGCCGAACAUUUCGCGGCCGCGGCCGCUCUUUAUGGAUCGACUCGCUCACAUUCUCAUUCUCACGCGUCGUCGUCGUCGUCGUGUUCCGCUGAAACGCCACCUGCAAUUGAGACGCUGAAACGAGCAAAAAUUGUAUUCGUAUGUAUUGAACCAUUCUUCACCUGUCACAAUGGCACAUUGAACAACUACAACCAUCGUACAAUGAUAUUCCGAAAACGGCGCGCUGACGAGCAGUUUUUACGACAUUCGGAAUGGGCAAGGAGGCUCGGUAUCCCGCUAGUCUUCUCAUUAGCUGGUAUCAAAAGCAUGUCAAUGAUGCUUUUCAUCAUUUUGCCGAUUUCGCUAACCCAACUGGCCGGACCAUCAACCGUUUUUGCGCUCCUCUUCACAUUUUUGAUCGUUUUCGCCUCAACUAUUCACCUCUCGGAGCUGACAUGCGCGAUGCCGAAGAACUGUGUUCAGUACCAUUUCUGCUAUUCGGUUCUCGGAGAGCUGCCCGCAUUCAUCGUUGGCUGGAUCGCACUGGCCGAUUAUUUGAGUCAGGCGUCACUGUUUGCGAGAGCGUGGGCCGAACAUUUUAAUUUGCUGUUUCGCAAACUGCCUGGAAAAGCGUUGUCAAUUCCAGUUUUCGACGAGAACUCGACCGUUUUAUCGCCGCAUUUUGAUCUUCUCAACGUGAUCGCCGCUCUCAUCACAUUCUCAUUGCUCUUAUGCAGUUUGCGGGUAGUUGGAACAAUAUGCGUGAGCCUUCUUGCCGUCAGCCUCCUCAUCGCCGCAUCCUGCUCAAUGGUUGCGUUUUUCCACGCGGACCCGCAAAAUUGGCUCAACGCCGAUUUUUUCACGUUCGGCUUCCGCGGUGUCCUCUAUUCAAUGUGUGCACUUUGCGCUUGCUAUACCGGCGUCGAGAGCACCUCGUCACUUUUGGAAGAAACGAAAAAACCGCGAUCAACGAUUCCGUCGCUCCUCACGUUUCUCGUGGUGAUUUUGACGGUCGCGUUCUUCAUUUUCGCUCUAGUGUUGAGCCUUUCCGUGAACACUUCAGCUCUCGCUGAUGAUUCGAUGAUUCCCGAAAUUUUCACGGUGUUGAGUAUCCCAUCGGCAAGGUACAUGUUGACGGUUUGCUCGGUGUGUGCUCUCUCUGGCGGUGUUCUCGCUUCAUUUCUGCCAGUCACCCGAAUUAUUGCAGUACUUUCACAUGACCAAUUAAUUCCAUUUGUCAAGGAUACUUCAACAAAAAGCCCGUAUUAUGCCGUGAUUUUGUGCACUUUUGCGAUUUGUGUUUCAACAAUUUUACAAAAAUCGAUACUCCUCAACUUUGUUAUAUUCAUCACUCCAAUCAAAUUAGCUAUAACGAUCUUCUUGACAUUCCUUCAACACUAUCUUACUGAUCCCAUUGGGAUUCCUGAAGAAACUAGUGCUUACAAAGCAAUUGGGAAGAAGAAGAACUGGAUUCGGAUUGACGAUGAUUCUACAGACGAAAGGGAAACGAACCAGACUUCCGAUCAUUCAUCAAUGGUGAGCCAUUCUACCGUCGACACUACCGCUCAGCUGUACCUAAAGGCCGCUCGAAUGGAAUCGGAUCGACUUCAGAAGCGACUCGAGCGAGAGGAGCGAAUGCGCGAAAAAGAGCCAGUGUUGCCGAAAUCGGUUUCCCAGUAUCAAGCAAUUGGGCAAUCGCGUCGGGUUCCGCUAACAAUGCACAAUUGUAUUGGCGAGGAAUGCGGAAAAGAUCGCGAUGAGACGUGCAAUUCUGGGGAUUUGCAUCUUUUUAGUUGCGAGGAGCCGGAGGUGCCAUUCUUCUCAUCGUCACCAUGCCCCUCAUCACAUCAUUCUAUAAAAUCGACCAUAAUUCGGAAUGCAAUUAUUCUAUUCUUGAUUUAUUCUGGUCUUGUUGCCGCGUUAGCGAUUACGGGUAGAUUGAUAGGCUACGAUUCUCACAUUUGCCAAAUUUUUACGGCCAUCCUCCUCUCCGCGGCAUUUGUGGUCGCUGUUCUUAUUUGCCGACUUCGGACCAAUGACAGUCAACACAAAAAGUCCGCGCGGGUUCCGAUGUUUCCAUUCCUUUCACUUCUUCCAAUCUUUCUGCUGGUCAUCGGAUUCGCCGGCUCGAUACCAAUUACCACAUUCUACGCGAUUUCUAUUGUUCUCGCUACUGGAUUCGUUAUUUAUUUUUCGUACGGUUAUCACUUUAGUCGACAACAGAAUUCGCGAUGCGUCAUCAUCGAAAAUCGCGACAAUUGCGAUCAAUAUGCACCCAUAAUUGGAAAUGAGACAAGUUCGGAAAUGUAA